AGGAAAUGCCCGGGAGUGGGUGUCACCUGCCGAAACAACUUGUUGACUCCCAGGAGCACGGCCAGCUCAGUGCGCGGCUCACCUGUCCCCAGCGCGCAGGGCCGCUCGCCCCCCACUGCCCAGCCAUGAGCAAGUUGGGCAAGUUGUUCAGAGGGACCCGUUCCUCCCGGGCCCGCGCCGCUCCCAGCCCCCAGGAGGCCCUGGCCCGCCUCCGGGAGACCGAGGAGAUGCUGGCCAAGAAGCAGGAGUACCUGGAGAACCGAAUCCAGAGGGAGCUCGCCCUAGCCAAGAAGCACGGCUCCCAGAACAAACGAGCUGCCUUGCAGGCAUUGAAAAGGAAGAAGAGACUUGAGAAGCAGCUCACACAGAUUGACGGCACGCUUUCCACCAUUGAGUUCCAGCGAGAAGCUCUAGAGAACUCACACACCAACACUGAGGUCUUACGGAACAUGGGCUUCGCGGCAAAGGCAAUGAAAGCCGUUCAUGAAAACAUGGACCUGAACAAAAUCGAUGACUUGAUGCAAGAUAUCACGGAGCAGCAAGACAUUGCCCAAGAGAUCUCAGAAGCGUUUUCUCAAAGGGUUCAGUUUGCCGAUGGCUUUGAUGAGGAUGAGCUACUGGCAGAACUUGAGGAACUGGAGCAGGAAGAAUUAAAUAAGAAGAUGAAAAACAUGGAGCUUCCAAAUGUGCCUUCCUCUUCCCUCCCGGCACAGCCCAGUAGGAAGUCCAGCAAGCCCUCCACUGUACACCGAUCUCGAGCAGCAUCAUCCAGGAGGGCAGAGGAGGACGAUGAUUUCAAGCAGCUGGCGGCUUGGGCUACUUAAGCGAAAAUGGAAACAUCUGACACUGAAGUUCUUGAACUACCCAUGAGACAUGAAUGUUUUUGCAAAGCUUAGACGUUGGCAGAGACCUGUUCUAUGUGUUAUUGUUUUUUCUAUAACAGUUGAGUCAUGCGUAGACACGGUCAGGAACGGAAAGGGUCUGGUAGCGUCAUAGAAGACCUUCCAGACUGAUGGAGUAGGGGCUAUCUGCUGUAUUUACUGCUGUAUUUCUAGUUCUGGCACAUAGAUGAUUCUUUGUAUAUAUGUAUUGAAAGGACACUGAUUCUAUUGACAUUAAAUACAUAUUCCAGCUUAUAAGUCAUCCUUGAGGGAUACCUAGGGCAACUGGGGGGAAAUGUCUAUGCAAAUAUAAGGCUGCUGUGUGCAGCCAGGUCAGCCAUGGUAAAUGUAAAUACACUUCUAGAACAGAUUUGAAGAGAAGUCUUCAGUGAGUCUAUGUAUACAUAGUUUCACUUGAGUUUCACGGUUGAAAAUCUUCAGGGAACUUUAAUUGACAUUUAUUAUGCCUGAGUGGGGCAAUGCAUGCAUCUCCCCAAAUGUCUGAAAAGCGCUAACAGUUUAGCCUGCUGAGCAGGACUCUCCUGGGUGUGAUUCAGCCACUUAGGAAGCUGAGUGAACACAGGCAGGCCAUUAUGGCGCUGUUUCGUCUUCACAGGAGUGUUCAUUCUCAUCUGUGGCGUGCUCUCUUGCACUCCAACAAAAAGGAAACAAAACAAAAUACCAAAUGCUUUGCAGCAUGCACUUUGUAAAUAUAUUAAAAGACUGGCAAUUAAGCACAUAUCUUGAGUAAAAUUUUGCCCAUAAUUAUCUUUAAAUAAAAAUAAAAUUUUAAAAUUAGGCACCUUGCAUGCCAUAUCACAGCCUAUAAAAUGACAAAUGCCAUGAUGCAAGAUGUCCUGGUGUUUUAUACACUCAUCCGAGCACCGCUGUGGAACGGGAAUAGUGCCAGGCUUGAAGUGGGGGUCAUGGGUUUCAGUGCCGGCUCUACACUGGCACAGCGGUCUCUGAGCCCUUCUUCUGGCUUUGGAAAUCUAAGUGCUGGGCUGGAUGAUCCCCGGUGGUCCCAUUCUGCCGCAGGUGCUUGGCACUUGCUCUUUCUUUGGGCAUUCUUCCUGCCCUACACAACACACAUACCAAAUUCUCCUCAUUCUUUAAAUUCUGGCUAACAUAUUCCAUCUUGGGAAACUUUUGUUUUUUAAAUUUCCAGACUAAAUUAGAUCUUCCCACUAUACACCUGCUUUUGUAGUACCCUGCUUCCUUUCAUGCGUGUUUUAUGCUCUCUGUCACACGCUUAACGUGAGUGCUUUCCCUUGCUGGACUGUGAUAGGGUGAGGGGUGAAACUAUGUUUUUAAUCGUCUCUUUCCAGGGCACUUCAAAGUCUCUCAUGUACAGUAGGCAAGCAUUUACUCAAUCUACAGCAACUGACAGAAUGACAAGAUUUGUCCUCUGUCCUUAAACAGUCAUAAAGUUGGACCAAGCCUGUGAAGCAACAGCAUUGGACUAAAGCAUUGGACUGAAGUGUUCGUCACUGAAGUGAAGACAGCCCUGGACAUUGAUGCCCGAGAGAAGGAGGCUGAUGCAGUGAGCACAUUCAGCAUCCAGGGGACUGCAGCCUGCUCGGGGAGGGGGGGGGGCAACAAAGUCUCCACCAGACCUGUGAAGCGAGUUUGUAAAGCGAGUGAAUUUUAAUUAUGCUUAAUUUUAGUCAACUUAACUAAAAACCUGUUUCCCAAUACAUUUAUUAGAAACAUUGAAGUAUUUCAGCACCUUAGUUCUACCGUUUCAACUGUUAAAUUUGUAAAGUCUGUACACGGGCCACUAUUUUCUCUGUGUCUCUCUUUCUGUUUCUGUCUGUCGGUCUGCUUCCGUCCCUUGUCCCCCUCUCUGAGGUUUUGAGACAGAGCCUCACAUGUAGCACAUGAGUUCACUUUGUACCUCAGGCUGGCCUUGAGCUUCCUGCCUCCGGUUUUUGUUUCCAAAGCCCUGGCAUUACGAGCAGGCUCUCAUCACUGUGACCAGCACUGGGCAAAACAUUUGUGGUGGAAACGUACAGCUGACUGUUGUGUAAAGAUUGGAUUUCAAACACUUGGUGUAUAAAACUGUAAAAUAAUUCAUUAAUAGUUGCAUAUUGAUUAUAUGUAGAAAUAUUAUUUUAAAUGCAUUGCAUUAAAUAAAACACAUAUUGGAAAUUUAGCUUACCUAUUCCUUUUUAUUUUUUUAAACAUGUAGUUCCUGAAAAAUUUAAAACUGACUAUGGUCUCAUUCCAUUUCCACUGGUUAGUUCUGGGCAAGACCAGCUCCUCUCUAUCAUCCAGUGUACAGGUAAUAUAUGAGUUGAGGCACUAAAAUGCUAAAAUACAAAAACAAAAAGAAAAGAAAGAAACUACACUGUAAAGAACCAAAAAUACUUUGAAGUGAAUCUUAAUGCCACCGCCGUUGACAAUGUGGAGAGAAAUAAAUGAAUCAAAGUGGAAGGAAGGAAUGAUGAAGGCAGACUGUCCUAAGUCAAAGGACAGAGGUCAGAUUGGGCUUCUGGGGCAAAGCAUUCUUAGCAUAACAAAACUCUCUAAAGUUACACAUUCUGGGACAUUUACUAAAAAAGUAAGUCCUUUAUCAAGGAUCGGAGUGGUAGACCUCAGGCUUUUGUUUUGUAAGAAAUACACUCAAGAUAAUAAAAACAAAAAACAAAAACCAAGCCCCGGCUAGUGACGAGAAUCAAAGGAGAUUCUCAAAAUGCAAAUGGAAAGAACACGCUGGACCAGAGAGGCCCGGAGCCCAGGGCAGCCACAGCUGACAGAGAGCUCGCACAGUGGCCGACUGCAGGGAACAGCUCACUGUCAUCAUCUGAGCAGGUCUUCUCCCCAGGAGUCUUAUUCCAGUGUCAGGACAUUGGACUGACCAAACUUGGCUCGUGUAGUUACCUCUGGAUCAGCCAUCUGGACCCCCAAAUGAGACAGCAAGAUGGGGGAUGAUAAAGUGCUGUAAUCACGGUGACCUUGACUGCCAAAGAGGGAAUGCCACUGCCCACCUGAAACUUCAACAUGCCAACUGCCGCCAUAAUUGUCCAGUCUACAAUGGAGAACAGCUCAGUCUUAAUGGUAGCAUUUUCCUCCUUGGAAAACGGAGUCAGGGAACCGGCUUAUUUAGUGGGAAUUGAAGUAGCAAACAGUUUAAACAUCACAAUGGCAUCUGUCUUGGUAAACAAAUUAGAGAGUGUGGAAAAGCCAGCAAGCUUAGCAAGAGUAAAGCAAGCAAACAAGAGACGCUAAGACUAAUAAGGAACCAUUACAGUACAGCUCCAGGAAAUAAACUGAUGAUGUGUUCGUCAAUUUCUGUCUCCUCUCUCCACUUCCUUUCUCCCAUCUCUUUAAUUUAGGAUGGACCUGAAUGGUUCUCUUGGAGAAAGUGUUUCUUAAAAUAGCAGGAAUCCUCCCCCAACUCCACACUCACUUUAUAUCAUUUGUUUCUUGGCUUACUACAAGUUUUAUCACAUUAUAUAUAGAACACUUGAGCUAUUUUUUUUUUUUUUUUUUCAGAAGAAAACGAGCUAGGAAACAUGAAGAGUGAAGCCAGGACAAAGCAAGAGAGUGUCGCUCAGAAAGCACAUGCUCAAACUUCAUGCGCACAGGAAUCCUCUGCUUCUGGUGCACACAUCUUUUAUGAUGAUGCAGGAGAGUAACCGGUCCCUUUUGGUAGCAGGAAACAUCAUUCAGGCUUCUCUGUGGAAUGCUGACGUGUGUGUAGUUAUUAUUUUGACUGCAGAAGUACCACCUCACCCUCAGUUUUGAUUUCCAUGGCUUCCAUUACCUGUGGAUAACUACAACCUGAACACAGCAAAGGGAAAAAAAAUUAGAAAGCAGAAUCAUAAGUUGUGUGCUGUUCUCAGUCUCCUGAUGGAAUCCUAUGCUUCCUUAAGAAUCUGGCUUGGGAUGUGACUUGUAUUUUGUACUGUGGGUCCACACUGUAUAUGUUACCUGCCUAAUAAUGAAUUAAUGGCCUUCUUGAUUAUCAGACUGUCACAGUAUUACAGUGCUUGUGACCAAGUAACCCUUAUUUUACUUAAUAAUGUACUCAAAGGGUAAGAGUACUGGUACAUGUAAUUGUAUUGUAUUAUAGUGUUGGGAUGAUUCCAUUUAGUCCUUACUGUGUUUAAUAUAUAAGCUACAUAUAUGUGUAUAAGCACAUGUAAACAUGUUUGUACAGGGUUUGGUCUGCCCAUGACUUCAGAUACCCUCUAAAGGUCUUGGGCCACAUUCCGUGCAGAUAUGUGUCCAUGCAACGUGCAUAUGUUAAACACAGAUGACGUGACCAUGCACUGGGCAUGUUUUGAACCCCUCCUCCUUCUUGCCCUUAAUGCUUGCUUUCUCGUGUUUUCUUGGCUUUCCCUUUCCUGGCUCACUAAUGAGAAGUUAUUGAAUUCACCAUGAUGCCAUUAUUGGUGUCUCUCCCUUUCACAGCUUCCACAGCUCUUACUUUAAGGUAUACCUUGUUCUAACCGCCUUGCAACCAUGCCUUAGUUUCAGAAGGUUGUCAUGACCAACGUGUUAUGCUUAUGUUCUGCUUCUGUGACCCAUGUGUCCUGUCCCUCAUUCCCUCACGCUUAUUUGCCUGCCAAAUCCAGUUUGGAACCGGCUUGCUCCUGAGCUGUAAAGACCUUAUCCUCCCCACAUCAGUGCUGAUCUCUUGAACCCCCUAGGGGGAGACAGUCUGUGCACACGAAUAAAGCUUGCUUUAAUUAAUUUGGCCA